UCUAUUUAUAAUGAAUUACUCAGAGCUUAUAGUUCCAAAUGUCCUCCCCAUAUUCCAUCUUCAGACAUUUGUUUAGUGUAUUAAUUGAACGUAGUAGAACUUUCAUGAUGAAAAUUAGAGAAAAAAUUUUUAUUUUUCUAAAGCUAUUUGAUUGCCAUUGAGCGAUACUUAUUGUAAUUUUCCUCAUUUCCAGUUAGUUAAUCAGCUAUAGCUCUAAAGAGACAAUUUCCAUCAGCAUUCACAUCUCGAAGUGUCAAUCCUACAUGUUGCAAUCGUUUAUUGAAUUAAUUGAAAUAUUUCUUCAUUUAUUUAUUAGGAUAAAUAGGGAUAAAAG